CGAAGGGGCGGUGUUCACGCGCUGUCCAGGCACAGGUUCUCGCGUGAGGGGAGCGACUAUGGCGGCGGACAAGGCGGGCGAAAUAACUGGUUUUGUUGGAGAUGGAGUCUGUUAACUCUCUAAGUAUGAAGGUUUUGGAGAGCUGGGCUCCAUUGGCUUUAGAGGAUGAGCCACAGCUGCUGGACUAUGUCAACAGAGUGGCCCAAGUUUGGGACAAGAUAUCUUCUAUUAUUUCUGUGGGCAAUGGGGACUUCUUUUGGCAGAGCAAAGAAGAGAUGUGGCAGUGGAUGCAAACUCAUUCUGAUCAGGGAACUGAGAAACAUGAAGGAGCAGUUACUUCCUCUGGGAUUACUGAUCAGGAAAAGGAGCUGUCAAGUAGUGCAUUACAAGCUUUUAUUGCUGAGAAUUAUGAUGCUUGUCUGCAACAUCUCAGCAGCUUGCAAGAAAUAAACAAAGAUGACUACAAAAUAACUUUGAAUACAGCUGUUGCAGAGUUCUGUAAAAGUAACCAGACUACAACCGACAACUUGAAACAAACACUUAAUCAACUGAAGAAUCAGGUUCAUUCAGCUGUUGAAGAAAUGGAUGGCUUAGAUGAUGUUGAAAACAGCAUGCUUUACUACAAUCAGGCGGUUAUUCUGUAUCAUCUGCGUCAGUACACUGAAGCAAUAUCUGUUGGAGAGAAGCUUUACCAGUUUAUAGAACCUUUUGAAGAGAAGUUUGCCCAGGCUGUGUGCUUCCUGCUUGUAGACUUGUAUCUACUAACUUACCAGGCUGAGAGAGCCUUGCAUCUGCUUUCUGUUUUGGAAAAAAUGAUUUUUCAGGGAAACAAUAACAAAAAUGGAAAAAAUAAUGAGAUAGGUAAUAACACAAAUAAGGAGUCAUCUAAUCAUAGAGCUGAAAGUGGAGCUUUAAUAGAAGCUGCAAAAUCUAAGAUACAUCAGUAUAAAGUGAGAGCCUAUAUCCAGAUGAAGUCUCUAAAAGCAUGCAAAAGGGAGAUUAAGUCCGUUAUGAAUACAGCUGGAAACUCUGCUCCUUCUCUCUUUCUUAAGAGCAAUUUUGAAUAUUUGAGGGGCAAUUAUCGGAAAGCAGUAAAACUGUUGAACAGCUCAAACAUUGCUGAACAUCCAGGAUUCAUGAAAACAGGUGAAUGCUUAAGAUGCAUGUUUUGGAACAAUCUCGGCUGCAUUCAUUUUGCUAUGGGAAAGCACAAUUUAGGAAUUUUCUACUUUAAAAAGGCCCUGCAGGAAAAUGAUAAUGCCUGUGCCCAAUUAGGAACGGGUAGCACAGACCCAGGCAAGAAAUUUUCAGGGAGGCCUAUGUGUACGUUGUUGACUAAUAAACGGUAUGAGUUGCUAUACAACUGUGGAAUUCAGCUUUUACAUAUUGGGAGGCCCCUAGCUGCUUUUGAAUGCUUGAUAGAAGCUGUCCAAGUCUACCACUCAAAUCCACGCCUCUGGUUGAGACUAGCAGAAUGCUGCAUUGCUGCCAACAAGGGGACAUCAGAACAGGAAACUAAAGGUCUUCCAAGCAAAAAAGGAAUUGUACAAUCUAUAGUAGGUCAAGGCUAUCACCGUAAAAUAGUCCUUGCAUCACAAUCAAUACAGAAUGUUGUUUAUAAUGAUGGGCAGUCCUCAGCUAUCCCCGUAGCCAGCAUGGAGUUUGCAGCGAUUUGUCUAAGAAAUGCCUUGCUGUUGCUGCCGGAAGAUCAGCAGGAGCCAAAGCAGGAAAAUGGAUCUAAAACUCACACCCAGUUGGGGGGAAAUGCAGAGAACAAUGAAAGCAGUGAAGCAUGCAGGCUCGAAGGUCACUGCUCGCAAUUAACAGGCUGUCUUCAUUUCAGCAGUAAAAGUCAUGAAGGAGAUAAAUUCAUUCCAGCUCCACCUUCUUCACCUCUGAGAAAACAGGAAUUAGAAAAUUUAAGGUGUUCAAUACUUGCCUGCAGUGCUUAUGUUGCUCUGGCUUUGGGUGAUAACCUUAUGGCUUUGAAUCAUGCAGAUAAACUUCUUCAGCAGCCAAAGCUGUCAGGAUCUCUUAAGUUUCUUGGCCAUUUGUAUGCAGCAGAGGCUCUCAUCUCUCUAGACAGAAUCUCUGAUGCCAUUACUCACUUGAACCCUGAGAACGUCACUGAUGUUUACCUGGGGAUCUCUUCAAACGAGCAGGAUCAAGGGUCAGACAAAGGAGAAAAUGAGGUGAUGGAAUCUUCUGGCAAGCAGACACCCCAGUGUUAUCCCAGUUCAGUCACUUCUGCACGAACAAUGAUGUUGUUUAACCUUGGCAGUGCUUACUGCUUGCGAAGUGAAUAUGAUAAAGCUCGCAAGUGUCUCCACCAGGCUGCUUCACUGAUCCAUCCUAAAGAAAUUCCCCCCGAGGCCAUUCUACUGGCUGUGUAUCUUGAACUACAGAAUGCGAAGAUGGCCAUCACAUCAGCAAGAUGGGUAAGUGAGAUCCAAGUACUGAUGGCUGACCCUCCCUUCGCAAUCUUCUAUUCCAUUAAGAUAUCUCAAGGACACAUUCCAAGUUCCUGCCAAAAGUGGUUACUGAGUUCCACUUGCCAAUAUUCGUUUCCAAGCCUCUUGCCUCAAGAGCAGAAGUAACGCUACAUUCCUUAAAUGGCAGGAGGGUAUUAGCCUUCUAUCUGCAUAGGACACAACCAUUCUCAUAUUCUCCAAGGCUAUUUGUCUGUUUUGCAAAAAGAAUAAAGGGAUCAGCCAUAUCAAUACAGAGACCAUCAAACUGAAUCUCCAACUACAUCAAGACCUGCUAUGAAGUAGGCAUGAUAGAGCCACUUGGUUCCUUGAGCUCAUUCAACUAGAGCUUAAGCAUCAUUAUCAGCUUCACUGGAGAGAUGUUACUCACAUGCACAUUCCGCACACCCUCCAUCCGCUCAGCUUUGGCGUCCUUACCCUUCAGAUUCUGCAGUUCAGAAGAAACAGAGGAGCACUGGUGCAUGCUGCCCUUACAUGUCCUUUAUGUGGGGCACAGAGACUCUAAGAGUACUGCUCAUGUCCACCUAUAGUGCAAUGUGUAUAUGGACAGCACAUCUCAAAGGACUCCAGUUAUUGUAAAAUGAGUCACUUUUUCCCAUUCCUGCAAAUGUUAUUUCCCCUGUUCGUGUGUGAAGGACCCACAUGGAACAGGAAUGAAGGCCCUCAUUCUGAGCUGCUCUGCAUGGACACAACCAAGCACCCACUUGAAACCCUGCUGAAGCCAUCAGGACCUCCAGAGCAGAACCACCUGCAGGACUGGGGCAUUAGUAACUGAACAGAAAGUGCUGUUGGUGCUCAAUUUGUCACCACUCUAAUCUGUUACAAUCGUGUUACAAGUAAAAAUAGUACAUAAGUCUCACUCCUCUCUGAAUAUGUUUUAACCUGAUAUUUUGAAAAUAUACGUUGAAAAAUCUUAAAAGAAAAACUAAGUAUGAAAUCUCAUCUUGUUUUUUGUGAUAAUUUGUGUUGAGUGAGAUUUAUUUUUUACAUAGAAUUCCUAACAAAGACAUCUUUUGAGGAAAAAUAGAUGCCACCAAAAAAUUUUAAAUAGUCUGAAUAAAAGAGGUCCCUUCAAUUAACCAGAUUUUGCUUACCUGGUUUCUUUGACUGCACAGCUACUAUGUUAAUGACAGCUCUAGACAAGACCUGAAGUUUUUUUUAUUUUCUUUUGUUUAGUUUUUUAAAGCAAACUUUGGGAAACCCUUCUGGCUUUACUAACUGAAUUUACAAAGCAGAAGAGAACAAUCCCAUUUUCUUUUCCUUUUCAGGUCUCCUCCUCAAAGUGGUAUAGAUGUUCAGUGUGACUAGAGUUGUUUAUAGAAACAUCACUUCAGUUCAGAAAUUCUCAUUACUCUUUCCCCCUCUUUUCAUGUUAAGGACUUGAGAGAGAACUCAAAACCCAAUCUUUUCAGAAUUCAUUAAACAGAAAACAAUUCAGGGUCAUGUUGGUUUUUUUUUGUGUUUUUUUUAAGGCCAUUUUUUCAAUGAAACCUUUUGUUUUGAAAAAUUUGGACUAGCUCUAAGCAUGACUGAUUUAAGCUGGAAUCUUAGCUUUAAUGUUUUCUGAUGUGUAUCCUUGAUGUCUCAUUUGUGUUUCCAUUUCUUAUGUACUAUGUAGUCUGUGGGGAUGAUUGAGAGAUCAGUGAUGGCAAAAGAGUAUAAUUGUCUAAGAACCUUUGUUUUCAGAUCUAAUAGGGUUGUACAAAAGUCCAAGCUGGGUGUAGGAGCGAGGUGGCUCUGUCAAGUACUCUGCCAACUCUAAAGUCAGGUGUCUGUCCUGAAGGUGUAACUGUUAAUAGCUAGGAACAGCAGCUAGAAUUGAGUAGUAUUGGUGCUUCAACUUUCUUUUGUUUGUGCAUCUGUAGUAGGUGACAUCCGCUUAUCAGUAUGUUGAUCAUUAUGAAAUAGCAUAUGCCAGCUGCAGCAUAAGGUUUACCUGAGUUGCAUGGGCAGGAGCUACCACUGGCAGGGGAUUGUCUAGAUGACUUUUCAAGUUUUUUUUUUUCUGUCUCCUGUGACUCAAGUUUGUCAUGGGUAGAAGUGAAUUAACUAGAAACUGUUUGU